AUGCCUUCCACCACUAAAAAUGUUGUCAUGAUCGACAACUACGACUCGUUCACUUGGAACUUGUACGAAUACCUUUGUCAGGAAGGUGCCAAGGUGGAAGUUUACAGAAACGACCAGAUCACUAUUGAGGGUAUUGAGAAGCUGAAUCCCGACAUCAUUUUGAUAUCCCCAGGUCCUGGCCAUCCGAAGACCGAUUCGGGGAUUUCCAGAAACGUGAUUGGACACUUCAAGGGUAAAAUACCUGUUUUUGGCGUUUGUAUGGGCCAACAGUGUAUUUUUGAGGAGUUCGGCGGAGACGUUGAGUAUGCUGGAGAAAUUGUUCAUGGAAAGACCUCUACCGUCAAGCACGACAAUAAGGGACUAUUCAAAAACGUUCCCCAGGACGUUUCUGUGACAAGAUACCACUCGUUGGCUGGAACCUUGAAAUCGUUGCCAGAUACACUGGAAGUCACCGCCCGCACUGAAAAUGGAAUCAUUAUGGGUGUUAGACACCGAAAGUACACUAUUGAGGGGGUCCAGUUCCAUCCAGAGAGUAUUUUGACCGAACAAGGCCAUUUGAUGAUCAGAAACAUGCUCAACGUUUCUGGCGGCUGUUGGGAGGACAACGGUCCGAUUGCAAAGAAAGAGAGUAUUUUGGACCAGAUUUAUGCUCAACGGAAACAAGACUACGAGAUCGAGGUGACCAAGCCGGGAAGAACGUUCCAGGACCUGGAGACGUAUCUUUCUCUGGGAUUAGCUCCAAAGCUGGUCAAUUUCUACGACAGAUUGGAGAAGAACAUUGCCGGUUCCCAAAUAGCCAUUUUGAGCGAGAUCAAGAGAGCGUCUCCGUCGAAAGGACUGAUCGAUGGCACUGCAAACGCUGCCGUGCAAGCAAAGAGAUACGCGGAGGCUGGAGUUGCUGCCAUUUCUGUUCUGACCGAACCAACCUGGUUCAAAGGUAGCAUAGCUGAUCUCGAGGUUGCAAGACAGGCUAUUGACUCUAUCGACAACAGACCGUGUGUUUUACGGAAAGAAUUUAUUUUCAACAAAUACCAGAUCCUGGAGGCCCGUCUGGCGGGAGCAGACACGGUUCUGCUGAUCGUCAAGAUGCUUCCAUACGAAUUGCUGGACCAACUUGUUGCAUACUCGCGUGGGCUGGGAAUGGAGCCACUGGUGGAGAUCAACAACGCGGACGAGCUCAAGCAGGCAAUCCAGGUGGGCGCGCGCGUGAUCGGCGUUAACAACAGAAACCUGCACGAUUUCAACGUGGAUUUGUCGACAACAACGCAAAUGAACGAUCUGCUGCCAAAAUCAGGCACAAAAAUUAUUCUACUGGCUCUGAGCGGAAUUUCCAAGCCAGAAGACGUGUCGGAGUACAAGAAACACGGUAUCUACGGGUUCCUCAUCGGCGAGGCACUCAUGAGAAAGGGCGACCAGGUGGGCGCGUUCAUCCAGCAGCUGCACCAGGCCGCUUAG